CAUACACGCUCACACGCAUUCAUCAUCCUCGCACAUACACACACACACACACACCCAUACACACACACACUUGGAGGAGGAAGAAGACGCACCAAAAGACGCACGAAGAUUUUGCUUUUUAAAUUUUACGCACCCUGCUGCUCCUGCUGCUGCGGGACCUCUCCUUGGUGGGCUUUCUUUGUGCGCAAACUGACACUGACACUCAGGAGGUGUUGUGUUAAGAAGAAGGAGAAAGAGAAGAAGAGGAACCGGACCAGGGCGGACCGAAGGGAGCCAAAAACUCACCAGGUAUGGCGGCGGUGUUGCCGAGAACCCUGGGUGAGCUGCAGCUCUACAGGAUCCUGCAGCGAGCAAACCUGCUCUACUACUACGAGGCCUUCAUCCAGCAGGGCGGCGACGACGUGCAGCAGCUCUGCGAGGCCGGCGAGGAGGAGUUCCUGGAGAUCAUGGCCCUCGUCGGCAUGGCCAGCAAGCCGCUGCACGUGCGCCGCCUGCAGAAGGCGCUGCGAGACUGGGUCACCAACCCCGCCAUCUUCAACCAGCCGCUGACAUCGCUGCCCGUCUGCAGCAUACCUGUGUACAAACUCCCCGAGGGCUCACCCACGCUGCUCAGCGCUCAGGACCGCGCCAGCACAGCCAGCGUCAAGAUGCCCAAAGCCAUCGCCGCCGCCUGCUCCGACCCAGGGAAGCUGGAUGUGGCAAGGGACAAAGUGUCGGCUGGGUCGCCCCUGCAGGGCAGCAGUGAGGCUCGGUUCUGGUCGGGCCAUAGCAACGACAGCGAGCACAGCCUGUCGCCGUCAGACCUCGGCUCCCCAUCUUCGCCCAGAGAAGCUUUAGAAGCUCUGGACGCUGCGGCUGUGCAGUCGGUCAUGGAGUGCGUGGACAGAAUGGCACCCGGACUCCCAAAGACAGACCUGGCUGAGGUCAAAGAGCAGCUGAAGAACAACAAGAAACUGGCAAAGAUGAUCGGACACAUCUUUGAAAUGAGCGACGAUGACCCGCGGAGGGAGGAGGAGAUCCGGAAGUACAGCGCCAUCUAUGGACGCUUUGACUCCAAGAGGAGGGACGGCAAACACCUGACGCUUCACGAGCUGACAGUGAACGAGGCGGCUGCGCAGCUCUGCAUGAGGGACAUGGCUCUGCUGACACGCCGCGACGAGCUGUUCGGACUCGCUCGGCAGAUUUCCAGAGAAGUCACCUACAAAUACACCUACCGCACCAGCAAGUCUCGCUGUGGCGACAGAGACGAGCCGUCACCUAAAAGGAUUAAAACAGAUGAGAACUUCUUCGACAUCCAGGAGGCACUGCAGGCCAUCCACAUGAGGCAGGAGAUGCUGAGGGAGCAAUUGGCAUGUGCUAAGUCAAAAGGAGAGGAAACCGUUGGACGAAAUCUACAGAUGCAGCUCGAGCGUCUGCUGGCGAGGCAGAUGGAGAUCCUGCAGGACGCCGCCGUCCAGGAGCGACUCCAGGCUCUGGACUGGAGGAUCCCCCCCGCCGCCUUAAAGUACCUCAACAACGCACAGAACACCAACGGAAACGCAGCGGCCGACGCCAGCAGAGACAACCAAGAUGAACGACCAAUCAACUUGCGGGUGGUAAGCCAGAGCAUGCAGGAAGGUGAGCUCCCAUUGGGCAAGCAGCUAGCCAAUGAACUGAAGCGCCAUCACAACCACAACAACAGCAACAACAACAUCAGCAACACAGAUGAGACCAAAACACCAGCAACAGAGAACGGGACAUCACAGCGGGCAUCCACAAACGCAGAGAAGAAGACCAUCAAGUCAGAGCCAGAAGACUCCACAUAGUGCCUCCCGCCUCACUAAUCAACCACCCCCCCAUCCCAGUACCCUACCCCACUUCAUUCUACUCACACUUGACAGUAUGCAGUUAUUAUCCAUCAAUAGAUACUAAGCAAGCACAGCCACAGUAGAGCCUUAACAACCAAUGUUGCCUCAUGAAUAGCAUUUAUUUUUCUUUGAUUUAGUCAGUUUGUUUCUUUGUUUUCAAAAGUAUUUGCCAAAGCACCUAGAGAGCAUGUCAAGAAGCCCCUCAGUGCUCUGUGGGUCUUUGUCUGUUGAGUAAUUGUACACAUUCAAUGUACUUGUAAUUUAAGAGUGAUCUGUUGCAGACAUUUGUAUCCUCUUUACCUCUGCCUCGAUGUUGUUUUUCCUGAUUUUUGUUUGUUUUUUUUGUUUGGACAGCCAAGGUGCAGGCUGUGAUGCUGGGGCUGAAUCUUAACUCACGCGUAGAUUCAGAGAUGGGACAAAAGCUAAUUUUGGAGGAAAUUUUAACCCCUGUGCUGGAAGUUCUGCUUCUUUAUAUAGCUAAAAUUUAAAGGUGACAGUGUCAGUAUUGGCAUUUGAUUGCAAAACAUUUAAUUUAUUAUAUUUCCGAUUACUUUUCAAUUUGUAUAUGAAUGGGAAAAGACAUUCAUGGUCCCCAGAGGAUGAAUCUCAGGUCUUGUUCAGAAAGAGCUCAAAUCUGUUCAGGUUUUAGAAAAGAAAAGCACAUGAAAAUUGAUUAUUCUAACUGGAGCCACAUCCCAUUUGGAGGUCCAUUAAAAUGAGUGAUUUCAGUAGAUUUCCAAAAGCUUAUUUUGAGUUGAUGUUGCCUCAUUGCUGCAUGUUCAGCUUCUUGGUAAUGCCGACCAUAUAGGUAAUAUUUAAAGGUGGCAAUAUCUGGUGCCAAAAUUCAUAAAUUACUUAGUAUUUAAUAUGUUAUGUUGUUUGAACAUGACAUUAGUUAGCUAUUUUGGUAAAUAUGUUUGGACUGGCAUCAAAUUUUGACCCAGAGGAUGAAUAUUGGACCUCAUACAGACUACUAGCAAAGUUUUGGUUUUUUUGGCAUCGUUUGAUUUUUGGAAAGUAUGACUAGCAAAAAGAGGAGAAGAUAAUUAGAAACACCAUACCAGAUUUAGAAGUAGUUUAAAAUGGAACUUCAACAGAUAUACCUUAGUCUGGGAUGUGUGCCACUGGAUCACUAGACCUUUAAAAGUUGCUGCUCUUGUGAGUCAGCACCAGAACUGCUAGAUGGUAAAAGAAAUGUACAAUGGUAGUCUGAGGUUAUGGUUCUCACCCAGAAGAGGGUAGAGUACACACUCUGGUCUGGAGAGGAGUUUUUGCCUCAAGUGGAGAAGUUCAAAUUUUUGUUCACACGAUUGACACCAGUGUGCUCGCGAUUUAUCGUUCAAUCUGCAUUCCUACCCUUGCCUUUGUUCGCGAGCUCUGGGUAGUGACCAAAAGAGCUUGGUCAUUUGGGGGGAGCUCAGAGUAAAGCUGCUAAACCUUCACAUCGAAAGGAGCCAGUUGAGAUUGUUCAAUUGAUCAGGGUGCCUCCUAGGUGAGGUGUUUUGGGCGUGUCUCACCAGGUUGUCAGUAAGAUUCCUAGUCUGGACCCUUUAUCCACUCUCAGUGCAAGACUUGAGCAGAGUCUAUGCUAAUACUAGCAGAGUGCGCUGGGGGACCACAUAGAGACCUGCCCAAAUAAAUUCUCUGCUGGUACUUUGGAGUGGAAGCGUUACCAGUUGUAGCUCACAACUGACCUGAUUUGCCUGCCUGAACAAAGUCUUCAGUUGAUCCUUUGACAUUGGUAUAAAUGUCAAAAUAUCUCCACAGCUUGGAGAUAAAGUAGCGCAAAAUGUUCAUGUUAUUCAUGAGAUAAAUUGCACUUAUUUUGGUGAUCAGUACCCAUCAAGCUCAGCUGUUUUUGUAUAUAGUGCUGUUUUUUUUUUUUUAGCAGUGUGGUGGCUUAAUGUCACUGUGACUGCUUUAGGUUGCUAAUACUAGCAUUUAGCUCAAAGCUACACGUGUACAGGGUGUCUCUAAAUCAGUCUAAUACUAAGAGGACGUUAACAAGACAUCCUUAAUCUUUCUGUAAUAUCCUAAAAAUGAUCAAACAUGAAAACAUAUAUAACUAUUUAUUGUAAAAUAUGGUAAAAUAACAUUUUAAGAUAAAAGUGUUUUUUUUCAUGACUUUAGAAGCAAAGCUUAACUUUUGAGCAUAAUAAAAAGACUUUUUUUUUUUCUUUUUUUUUAGCUGCGUUUAGCUUGUGUCAUCUUCUGAGCCUCCAUCACUCUCCCAGUCCUAGC